AUGGAGGAGAUUAAUAUGAGCUCCUGCUCUUUUAUAUCUGACGGAGAUGAUGUCGCAUCAACCGGAGGAGAUAAAGUCGCUAUGAAGCAAAAGCAACUCGAAUUAGAUCACUUAACAGAAGUUAAUACACAACUUCAAAACUCAAUUGAUUCAUUAAAGGCUCAAUUAAAGGAAGCCAUGGAUGCUACAGCAAGCAUUGGCACAAUGAAUAACACAAUUACAGAGCUUAAGAACCAAUUGGCAGAAUAUAAAGAAAAGGAGAAGAAUCUGACAAAGGAGCUUAACGCCGCAACAACAUCAGCUAAGGAAGCAGAGGCAAAGCACCAAGAAGAUAUUCAGGCUGUUACAGCUGAGAGAGAUAAUUUGAAGGCUCAGCUUACAGCAGAAGCUGAUAAAUACAACAAGUUACGCAAGGAGAGACAACAGCUUAAGUCUCAAGUUGAAGAAAAAGAUACAUUGCUUGAGAAUUGCGCAAUGGAAAUCGAAGAAACAAAGACAGCUAAGAAGAAACUUCGCACAAAGUUUGCAACACUCGGCGAUAAGAUUCAGGCUCUUGAAACAGAAAAUGCUCAGCUCCAGGUUCAGAUUACAAACGCACAAAAUGAUAAGAAAGCUCUUGAGCAAACAAUUCAAGCUCUCAAGGCCCAAAUUCAGGCAGCCCAAGCAGGCAAGGAAGAAUCAGAAGCUUCUAUUAAUCUUUUGAAGAAGGAACUCGAGGCAAAACAACAUAUAAUAAACGGCUUCGAAGAGGAUCUUGACUCCCAGCGCGAGGAACUUAUUCAGAUGAACUCAGAGCGUGAUAAUAUCAUCGGCCUUGUUCAGAAGAUGCAUAAUGGACUUCAGAUCGCUGAACAGCAUAUCGCAAAGCUUACACAGGAGAACGACAGCUUAAACAACAAGCUCAAGAUUCAGGCUAAGAAGGCUGCUAAGGCAGUUCCAGCAACCAACGAUGUUGCUGCCUUGACUAUGCCAUUCGAAGGUGAAAUGGGUGAGAAGGCUGCAGAAUACCUCAAACUCCAGCAAUAUCAGCCAGUACAACGUGCUCAGCUCGUUAUCAACGAAGCUGCUAAGCGCCUUGCUGAAGCUGAGAAUGUUGCUGCUCUCAAGGUUCAGGAAGUUGAAGAACUUCGCAACCAGUUAUCUGCUGCUGUUGAUGGACAGACACCAUACUGCCAGAUCCUUGAUGCUCUUCUCAAGGAGCUCAAGAACAUCUCAUCCAUGGAAUCUCAGAUCAACAAUGCUCAGUAUUGCAAGGUUGAUACAGCAUUCAUCGAGUUCAUGGCUCAGAAAUCAGCUGAAAUCGAACCACUCAUCAAGGAAGAACUUCUUGCUGAUCCAAGAUUCAUCCCAUCCGAUUUCUUCACAACAACAGAUUUCAACAAGCGUAAGGAAGUUAUCCAGGACAUCCUCAAGCAGAACGACAUGACUGGUUCAAUCCUUACAGCAUCAUUCUUAACAAACAUAUUGUUAUCUAACCAGCUUAACGCUCUUAUGGGACCACUUGGCCAGAUGGAAGAAAUCUCAAGACUUGAUGUCAUCAACGGCCAUGAUAUCUCCGAUAUCCCAAUGCUUAUCCAGGGAUUACAGGCCAAGAUUGAGAAGCUCAAGAAGCAGAGAACACAGGUUCACAACUACUUGAAGAAGGCUCAACAUGAUGUCCAGACAUUAUCUAAGUCUGAGAACGACUUAAAGACAAAGGUCUCACAGCUUCAAAUCCAGAACGAAUCUCUCACAUCAGAGAAUGAAGUUCUCAAGGUCAAGUAUCAAGUUGCAAACAAUGAACUUCUCCUUAAGAAGAACGAAGAAAACCUCAACCAGUUUGCUCAGAAGCUCAAGGAGGAAGUCGAUGUCCAACAGAGCGAAGCCAAGGAGAAGACAGACAAGCUUGAAUCCCUUCUCCAACAGAAGACUAAAGAAUGCGCAGACUUGACAAACUUGAUCAAGAAGCUUCAGAUAACUCUUGAUGAAACAACAAAGAAGCAGAACAAGAGAUUCGCCAAGAACGAAGAGACAUUGAAGAAGCAGUUGCUUGAGAUGCAAGAACAAAUGGAAAUGCUCGAGGAGCAGCUCGAAGCCAAGAAGAGGAAGGCCAAGAAGACAGAAAAGACACUCAGAGAACAGUAUGAUCAUCAAUUAAAGGAGAUGGCUGUUCGCUAUGAAGAAGGAAAGGAAGCUCUCAACAAGACAAUUGAAGACUUGAAGGCUAAGAGCGAUGAAGCCAGAGAGAUGACAAAGAAGUUACAGGAACAAUCACAGGAUAAUGAACAGAAGAACCAGAAAUUAUCUUCAGAUAAUGCAGCUUUACUUCUUGAAAAGAAGAACUUAAGUGCACAGUUACAGCAAUUGAAGUCCCAGAUUCAGAAGGAAAAGCAGCAAUUACAGGUUCAAUUAGCAGCUAAGAUGAUGGCUUGCGAAACAAAGGUUCAGACAGCUACAAAUGAAGUCAGAGCUCAGGAAGAGAAGAAAUUAAAGAAUCUUUUGAACAUUGUCUGCGAGCAACUUGGCUCAGUUUACGGCUUUGAUGAUUCAGACUUUACAGAAGAAUCCCUUAAGCAGGUGGUGGCACAUGCUAAGGAGGACCUUGAUAGGCUUCACUACUUCCAGAAUGAAGCUACAAAGAUCUGA